ACGACCCAAGAAUGAUCUCGCACAUCAAUACGUCACCAACUUCACUGUUCUCCGAAUCAGAGCGCCACAGUGGACAAAUGCCAAGGCCACUCUCACCUUCAUCUUCCUCCUCUCUUGGAUAUGCUCCUGAAAUGACCCCGGCCUCGACCCUGGCCACUGAUGAGCCCCUGGGUGCCAGGAAAAGGCAGGGCCAAGGGACUCGUAGCAGGGGGGUUGAAUCUUCAGAAGAAGGAGGGAGCAGCGAGGCACCUCCUGCUGCAGUCUCCUUUGGAAUCUCAGAUGAGGCUGCUGAGCAGGCAGGGAAGUGGAACUCGGAGUCUGACUCAGAACAGGACAGCCGUGGGGCAAGGUGCACACGGCUCGGUCAAGAUGAAAGCCAAUCACAAAGGCGAGUUAAGGAGACCAAGUCCAAAUGUAAGCGAAUUGCUCGCCUUCUGACUGACGCACCGAACCCUCGAAAUAAGGGAGCGCUACUGUUCAAAAAACGCCAGCAACGGGUGAAGAAGUACACGCUUGUAAGUUACGGCACUGCUGAAAGUAAGUUCGACACUGAAGACCAAUUGGAAGAAGAAGCAGAUGAACUCCAAGAGACGGGAUUUGACUUUGUCCCGACCAGCGAGUCCGAGUUUGGAGAGGAAUACGCCAUAGAUCACCGGCACCAUGAUUUAAGUGUAAACUGGGGAAGUGUUCAAGGAAUGGAAGUGUUACCCGGGACGAAAGGAAAGGGAGUUUUGAUGUUUGCGCACCGUCGUAAACGAAUGGAAGAAGUUGACUCAGAGCAAGAGCUCCAUAAUAAAGGAUUACAUUUAAAAGCACGCUCAGAACCGGGAUAUACAGUCGCAAACAGUAUGUAUAACAUGAGGAAAACAUACGAUCAUUCUGAGCAGGGCAACUACAUGAACAGACACAUUCAUCAUAUGGACCAGCAAAGAGCUUUGGUUUCAAACAGGACAGCGAAGCCCUUUUCAGGGGUUCAAAUUGGGCCAGCUCAUCACAGCAGGCCUGUUGCUUCUGUUCCUGUGAAAACAGAGUCAGCGUUCAAAGUAUCUGUUCCUAUCGUUUCAAGCCAACAGGUUUGGUCCCCGACUGGAGACAUCAUAGCCUCCAGAGAUGAGCGAAUAUCUGUGCCCGCAAUUAAGACCUGCAGCUUUCCGGAGUCAAGGCGUAAAAGCUCAAACAGACAGCAACAGACAACCAAACAAGGAUCAGACCUUCAGGAAAGCAAAGCUUGUAUGGAGUCAGAGGAAGAUUGUUUCAGCCUCGGCGCUGAAGCUUGUAACUUCAUGCAACCCAGAGCAAUUAAACUCAAGAAUCCACCCCCGGUUGCACCAAAGCCUGCCAUUAAUCCAAAGUGUCCACCUUGGUUAAAAGGCCCCCCUAGUGAACCCUGUAUUCCUUCGAGGAGUUCCGUUGCACAACGCAAAUAUCUUGUGGAACCCAAGAGGCAGCACCGUGACUUCGAUCAACACGGCUCUGAAUCUCAAAAGCUGGCCAUUUGUUGGGAAACUGAUCGAGCCCAGGCAUCCGUUCAAACACCUGCCCUUGGCAGGGCGUCGGUCGGCUCCUCUUCUCAGCCUCGUCUUCAGCCAACCGUGAAAAGCUGGAACAAACCUCAGCCAAGAUCCGCUGUGAGUAUGCAGGCGCACUGUCCUACUUUUACCCCACUUCGCCCACAGUUCAGGAGUAAGCAAGACAGCGCGCCGAGUUCUGUUGCCUCGUGCCCGCCAAAACCAAUGAAAUCAUUCACAUCAAAAAUAUCACCGGCUCCUCCAAAAGGUCAAAUCUUUGCUCAAGAUUUUGAUCACCGCAGUGACCAUCGCACCAUGACGGGAAAAGGCGCAGAGUUGUUUUCCAAAAGACAGUCCAGAAUGGAGAAGUUUGUUAUCUGUGGUCCGACAGCAAACCAGACAAGAUGCCCCUCUCCAACAAUGUCUUUACCCAACUCCUGGAGAUAUUCAUCAAUUGUUCGCGCGCCACCUUUUUUGUCUUACAAUCCACUUCACUCCCCGUUUUGUAAUCCACCAGCAGAGAAAAAUGCACCGCCAACGAAAACCACAGCGCCACCCACAUCAGUCUCAAAGCACCUCAACACUUUAGAUAUCAUGAAACAUCAGCCAUAUCAUUUGGACUUGUCACUGUUCCACAAUGACGUAGUUCCAGAGGCCAAAAGCCCCAGCGCCAAAUCUGCUCCUCCAUCAAAGUUUGAGGUUACCAAGACACCCAAACAAAGGCCUGCCUACUCUCAUUCUCCUAAUAUCUCUGAGCCUGAUUUCGAAAGCAAGUCAGAGGCCUCUGCUAAGUCCUCCGGACCGGGACAAGGUAGAAGCCGCUCCCUUAGCCUGCCUAGACCGUCCUUUUCUUCUGGGUCUAUGUCACCUGCAGGCAUACGGGGUCCUCGCUCAUAUUUUUCCCCAAAACAGCAUCAUCGAGCAUCUCUUUCGCAAGCAUCCUACAAGGCGCCCACACCCUGGGAGGCUGCAUCCAGAAGCCCUUUUGGUUCAGUGGACGAUGCCUUCUCGAUCCAGAGCGCCCCGUUGCCGUUCGCCUCACGUGUACAGCACACGAGACCGCGCGGGUCCCUGCCUGAGCCUCCAGAGGAAUGGAAGCGCAGAGUGUCACUUGAGCCACCACUCGCGAGUCAGGGUCACCAUUGGAUGACCCCGGUUUACAUGACCUCAGCACCCACGAGGAUGAAAUGUGACAAACCAGCAGCAAUCUACGGGCCUCCUUUUAGACCAGCGCAGCCAUUUAAAUCUGCUGGUAAGCUCAGAAUUAUAUAAGAGGGGUCACACUUUACAUUGAAGAAAUUGGUUAGCAUGUCUGCCUCACAGUCAGAGGUGGAGGUAUAUGGGGGCCAGGGGUGGCCAAGGCCACCUUUGGUCACUCCCAGGGCACCCCCAUAUUUAGGGGAAGAAUUUGAUAUCUGUGACUUUCCUGCCACUUUCACAUGGAUGGAGCAUUCUUCGAUCCAUUGAUAAUCUGCCAUAAUUAAUUUACUUCAGCUACAUAUUCAAAGAACAAAUACAGAAUAUUUUUGAAUAGAAGCUCCAAAAAGAAGGUUUGAUUCUUAUAGCCAGUGUCAAACCAAGUCCUUAUUUUAACACCAAAUCAAGGAAACAACAUGGCUGAGAAGACAUUGUUAAUCAGUCAUGCUUUCAUGAAAUAAAAAGCACACACAUAACAGUCUUGCCCAACGCAUUUAUCAUAAAAGCAGCAACAAACCUAAGCAAAAAAGCAAUAUUUAUAAUUGUGAAGAAUUAAUGUUUUUUUCUUCUUUUUAGAUAUUAAUUGAAUGAAUUAGUCAUCAAAUGUAGUAUGCAAUAUGGCGUCGUGGCAAGUGAUCACUCAGAAAAAAAAA